UUUUUAUUCCCAAACUACCCUUCUACGGUUCAUUCCCCAAUCCAUAUAUAUUCAACUCACCCACCAGUCUCUCAAAAAACCGAACCACCACCAAGAAGAAGAAGAAGAAGAAGAAGCAGAACCAAACCGGGUUUUGUUUUGGUUCUCUCUUCCAAUGGCUUCCACCAUUUUCAUCCAACCUUCGUUUACGUCAAAGUCUUUGAAUAAAUCCCUGAAUACCCAUUUCGUCCCUUCCUUCAAACUCCCCGGUUCGGUCUCUUUCAAGCCCCGAACGGUUUCCCAGUUGUCGGUUCGAGCCGGGUUGAUCGAGCCGGACGGUGGGAAGCUCGUGGACCUCCACGUGGCGGAGCCGGAGCGGGGGUUGAAGAAGCGAGAAGCGGCUCCGUUGCCCAGGGUGAAGCUGACCAGGAUCGACUUGCAAUGGGUCCAUGUUUUGAGUGAGGGCUGGGCAAGCCCCCUCACCGGGUUCAUGAGAGAAUCCGAGUUCCUCCAAACUCUUCAUUUUAAUUCGCUCCGACUCGGCGAUGGUUCUUUCGUCAACAUGUCGGUGCCGAUUGUGUUGGCGAUUGAUGAUUCUCAAAAGGAGAGGAUCGCUGAGUCCAAAAGAGUCACGCUCGUUGACUCGGAUGAUAACCCCGUCGCGAUCCUCAACAACAUUGAGAUUUAUAAGCACCUGAAGGAAGAAAGGAUAGCGAGGACAUGGGGAACUACUGCCCCUGGAUUGCCAUAUGUUGAGGAAACUAUAACAAAAGCUGGAAAUUGGCUCAUUGGAGGUGAUUUGGAGGUUAUAGAGCCGAUCAAGUACCAUGAUGGUCUCGAUCGUUUUCGGCUUUCACCUGUUGAGUUACGUCAAGAGUUUGAAAAACGCAAUGCUGAUGCCGUGUUUGCAUUCCAGCUCAGAAAUCCUGUUCACAAUGGUCAUGCUUUGCUAAUGACCGAUACUCGUCGUAGGCUUCUUGAGAUGGGGUACAAGAACCCCAUACUUUUGCUUCAUCCAUUGGGAGGCUACACGAAGGCAGAUGAUGUUCCACUUAGUUGGCGAAUGAAACAACACGAGAAGGUGCUCGAGGACGGUGUUCUCGAUCCUGAAACAACAGUGGUCUCUAUAUUCCCAUCUCCUAUGCACUAUGCUGGCCCAACUGAAGUGCAGUGGCAUGCUAAAGCUCGGAUCAAUGCAGGGGCUAAUUUUUAUAUCGUUGGUAGAGACCCAGCUGGCAUGGGCCAUCCCAUUGAGAAGAGAGACCUGUAUGAUGCCGAUCACGGGAAAAAGGUCUUGAGCAUGGCGCCUGGACUCGAGCGGCUGAACAUCCUUCCGUUCAGGGUUGCCGCGUACGAUAAGACCCAAAGCAAAAUGGCUUUCUUCGAUCCCUCGAGAGCUCAAGACUUCCUCUUCAUAUCAGGCACCAAGAUGCGAGCUCUUGCGAAGAACAAAGAGAACCCUCCAGACGGAUUCAUGUGCCCUGGCGGUUGGAAAGUGUUGGUCAAAUACUACGACAGCUUGACACCAUCCGACAACGGAAGGAUCCAUGAAGCCGUUCCGGCUUAGACCAAUGUACGAUAAAGAUACUCCAUAUGAUUGGGAGGAGCAUAUUUAACACUGUUUGAUUUCCAAUGUGUGUGUGAUGCAGAAUCUCUUUAAUAAAACCAUGAGAGGCACUGGUACAGAGACAAUGAAAAAAGCUUGCCUCUCCCUGUAAUUAGGUUGCCCCCAUUAUGGUGUCUGCCAUUGGUGCUCGCUUUGCUUGUGGGCAACAUUGUACUAUUUAUGUCUGUGUGGUUUGUUUUGUUCUUAUGAAAAGCAAUGGCUAUGGGACAUGCUUUCAUGUUUUCUCAUUUA